AGAUAACGGCUGGGCGUAAAAAUGGCGAUAUCAGCGUUGGAGAUCCGCUAUGUCCUACUUGAAUGGACUGAGGGUGAGGAUAGAGGGGCCCAUAGUAUUUUGGCUCUCGACUGUGUCCGGAAUUUUUCAGUAAAAACAUUUCUUGAAAGGACUGAAAAAAACGAGAAGCUGGUGGAAUGGCGAAAAGGCCGCCAACCCUGGCCGGUGCACCGAGCAAGAAUUAUUGACGUGAAUUUGAAAAAACUCUCCAAAUUAAACUGCGUGGGAUCGAGAUGGAGAAAGAAGUCACACAGCAAACAAAACAUCCCAAACUCAAAGUACCGUGAUCAGGGGCAGACUGAGAAGGCUUCAAAGAAAAGGGUUGACAAUAAAAAGAGAUGUCCUUCUAAAUACAACCACGAGGAGGAGGAGGAGAAGGAGGAGGAGGAGGAUGAGGCGCGUCAUGACAGGCCUUCAAAGAACAAGCGGGCCAGCGAAGAGGAGGAGCGUAUUGGGGAUGAAGAGGACAUAGUACCACCCUCUAAGAAAAAGACAGCUGCUGAAUUUAGAAAACACCUGGAUGAACAGAUGUGGGAGAGAAGGAAACUUGACCAAAUGCAAAGAAAUUUGCAGGAGUUGAGAAAUGAAGUCCAUUCUCUUAAAAAUGAAAAUGCACGUCUGAAAGACAUUAUCAUCAAUCAAAUCCCUCAAAUGAAAAGUGACAUCGCCAUUAUUGCUCAAAAGAAGACUGGAAGGACUCCUGUGGAGGAUCUAGAUUCCUCCUUCUCGACUUUUGGAGAAAUGCAACCGACUCCAGAGAGGAGACAGAGCCCAGAGGACACCGAGCCCUUUAAAGAGAGUCCCAUGGUGACUGAGCGCUUUCGAGAGACACCACAGACUGCAGCAACAGCUGAGACCUCAGCGAAAACACAGAUGGAAGUUAUAAAGGGCUCUGGGGUGUUUUGCCAGGCAGAAGCGUGGAAAGCAGCCCGCCUUGCCCCCUAUGCUACUGCCAUGGUGCGGAAUCUCCUGCUGGGCACCUUUGAUUUGGAGACUUUGCUGAAAAGCAACCUGAAUGGUGGGAAGCCAACCAGAGGGGAUGGGGACCAGCUGGUCGCACUUGACCAAAUUAAAAAGGCAGCCAUUAUUGCCACAUUGCUGGGGUAUUGCGCUGUAAGAUGCUACAUUGAAGAAGUGGCCGGCAGCCAGCCGAGGGCAGAUAGGCACAUCUAUCAAUUCAAAGCUCACGGAGCUGAGAAGAUCAACAAGAUAAAUAGAGGAGAACAAGAUGGUGGUAUAGCUGAUCAACGGGAGGAGGCGGAGGUGGUGAUAGAGGAGACUGUGGUGGAAGAGGAGGUCGAGGCGGAGGAUGAAGAACAAGGCGACAAAGAUGAGGAAGAUGGCGAGAGUGGAGGAAAUACGGUGGAGGAUGAGGGGGAGUUGGGGCCUAGUCUGGACAAUGUUGAUUUGGAGGGGUUGAUGGCGAAUGAAAAAGAGCCGGAGAGCACGAGGGAGGAAGCGGAUACUGCUCCUUCUGAAAAGGGGGCGGCUACGGCCCAAGGUGGGAUAAUUCCUAACACUGGGUCGGAAGGCGUGGCGGAAAAAGGUGAAACCUCGAAGCGGAAGGAAUCCAAUGGAGAUGGUGAUGGAGCUACGGAUGGAAUUGUAAAGGAGCGGAUAGGAGAGACGGGAUGGAGACAGGCUACUAGCAAGAAGAAGAAAUUGACUGAGUCGUGA